AACUCGCAGAACAAGCUUUCGCACUGACAAACCCUACUCGGUUGUUGGCAUACCAGGUUCUUGCUAAACCUGGCCGUCAAGGCGCAAAUCCGACCGUCUCCGGCAGCACCGUUUACGGGAAACCAAGAACUCCGAGACAACAAGCCAGCGGCCAGUUCACGUUCUUAACCGUGUGUUCAAGGACACCCUUGACGACAGAAACUACGGUUCUGUUCAGCGGAGUCCGUUACUAUGGAGAAGGCGCCCCCGCGUCAGAAAGCAUGCGACACUCGACGCAGCGGAGACGGUGACACCAAAUCAAGGUCGGGAGAGAGCACGCCUUCUUCGGAGCUAAUGGAAAGCCCGCAGAGGCGCGAACAUGCGCAGUCGUCGAAGGUCAGUGCCUUGGAAAACGGUGGCAUCACUGGUGAUUCAGCAACAAAGAGCAACGGUAAAACACAUGUUUCCAAUAGAAAAGAGGUGAGAGGCAUGGAUGGGCAAGGUGCGGAACAAGUCGAAAGCGCCGGUGAUAGCAGCACCGACUCAUCUGGGACUGAGGAUGACGGAGAUUGGGUUCAUGAGGUGGAACGUAAAACCCAUGAAGGACAUGCCGCGAUAUCGACCUCUAAGAUCGGAAAAAAACCAGACAAUUCCUUCAAGAUAUCAGUUGACAAGGACAUUACCGGGCAUACUUCCGAAGUAAAGCCUAUCGAAGAUGAAAUUGCCUCUCCACGUACUGGUGACUUGGCGCAAGCAGAUUCGCACGCAAGCGCUGCCGAGCAGCGCAGCACGGAAUGCAGGAAGAAUGACGGGAAGGAUAGCGAGACCACGCUGAACAACGCCGAAAUAGCGGGAACGAGUUCAUGCGCUGAUGACACGGCGAGCGAGAAGCCUGCCACUGCUGAAUCAGAGACUAGCGAGAAGCAAAGCGGCAUGCGUGGCCGCUGGUCAAUUUGGAAUCAGUACAUCUCUCACGAACUCAGUAUGCCCGUGCGGCGAAAGCCUCCGCCGGAAGGUGUCGGGCCGCCGGUGUCGUACACCGCAGUUGGUCAGAGGCUCCUUCAAAUCUUCCGAGAAAGGCAAGAGACAGCACAGAGUAUUGCAGGAGAGAGCAGCGCAGGAAGCAACGCGGUCAUGCGAGAAAUGCUACCCGAGCUGCGAGCGCCUGAAAACCGUACUCUUCAAGAGUGCGAGGAGGAAUUGGCAAAGUCUGCUGCCACUACGACUUCCCGGGGCAGUGAAGAAAUGGCGUCGCAGACAUCCGCAACAGACUCUCAGAAAAAACUGGGCGAUACAAUAGGACCAACUGCGUCAACUCCUACGGACGGUGCGGUAAAGCCGUUGGGCUACACUGCAAAAUUCGUGGAGGAUUCCGAGAACACGACGUCGCUCUCUGCUGAAACGACUUCCGUAGAGCACAAGGACAAGUUAGCAAACUCCAGCGCAGCGAAGACCAAAGUUCACCAGCAUCAGUCGCCACUCCCUGAAACAAUUCCUCAAGACUGCCAGGACAAGCAGCCGCAACCAAGUACAACCGUUCCCGCAGAUGUGCCUACAUUAUCUCCCAGGACGAGUGCAGUGCCUCCUGACUGUCGUCAGGGCCAUUCGACGCUAUCUCAUGUAGGAUUAACACCGCAUGUUCUCGAAGAACAGCCAGCUUCAGCUUCGACUGAGUGCAAUAUUCAAAUUCCUAACGUCUUCCUACAGUCGCGAGCGUCGGCUUUCUCUACCGUAAGGAAGGCUCUACUUGAGAAAAAUACUCCCCGUCUUGCAUCGACGCCGACUUCGUCAGCGAAGCUUCCCGACGAAAAUCCUGAGGCAGCCGGGAAAUCAGAACCUACCUUUGUGAGGAAACUUGACUUUUGCUUGGACACCUCCCUGCAUAAAAAGGAAACUUCUCCUUCCCUGCAACGCGGGGGGAAACAUAACCUAAGCUCUGGUUCUGAAGCCGCUGACGAGGCAUCUCCCGUUCGACCUCCUGCUUGCAAGAAACGUGCUGACGAAACGAAACGUGUAGAAGAGCCGUCAGAUACGUCUGACGAAAGCAUUUCGUCGCCUCAAGAUUCUUUUCACGAGCGCUUUUUUCGAGCAAUCUAUUUGGCUCCCGUAUCUGACGCGUCGGGAAAGCAGCUUUCACGUCCAGUAGCCUUACGCGCACCGCUGACGGCACUGACGGUGCCGACAUGCACUUCUGAAGCUAGCCACGUGAGCAAGCAAUCUCAGCCGGUGGUAAAAAUGCUUACAAGCGACUCCUCCUCAUCGCCAGGCACAAGUACUGACUCUCCGUCCGCGACUGCCGGCGACAGCAAGCGCCAAUCUAAAAGCGAGGAAACGCCUUCUGGAAAUGAUUCGGACAAGCCAAGAAGCAUUGACGACAGGCGGAGACGUAGUAAGGCUGAACGCGAGGACACACCUUCAGACAGUGACUUGGACGACUCAAAAGCCUUCGACGACCAUCCUAGUCGUACUAAGACUGAACGUGGGGACAAGCCUUCAGGGAGUCAACCGGACGGCCAGAAAACGUUCGACAACCGACCUAGAGGUACUGUGACUGCACACGAGGACUCGCCUUCAGACGUUGAUGCAGAGAGCUCGAACAGCCCCGACGAUCCACAUGAGAGUAGUGAGGCCGAGCAUGAGGACGUACCUUCAGGAAGCGAUUUGGACAUCUCAGAAAUCGUGGACCAACCGCUCAGGGGUACCAAGGCUGAACGCGAGGACACACCUUCAGGCAGUGACUCGGACGACUCAAAAGCCUUCGACGACCAUCCUAGUAGUACUAAGACUGAACGAGGGGACAAGCCUUCAGGGAGUCAACCGGACGGCCCGAGAACGUUCGACAACCGACCUAGAGGUACCGUGACUGCAAGCGAGGACUCGCCUUCAGACGUUGAUGCAGAGAGCUCGAACAGCCCCGACGAUCCACAUGAGAGUAGUGAGGCCGAGCGUGAGGACGUACCUUCAGGAAGCGAUUUGUACAUCUCAGGAAUCGUGGACCAACUGCUCAGGGGUACCAAGGCUGAACCUCUGGACACGUUGUUAGAAUGCGAUUUGUACCUCUCAGAAACCGACGACGAUCAGCGUAGCGGCACUAAGAAUGAAAGUGAGGACACGGCUACAGCGAGUGAAUCGCUCGACUGGUUGAUAUGCGAUGAACAAAUUAUAAGUACUGAGGAUGAACAUGGCGACUCGCCGUUCGUUGAUUCAGAGAAGUCAAACAGCGCCGAAGACAACUUUGAACGCAGUGAGGCCGGACGCAAGGACGCACCUUCAGGAAGCGAUUCAGACAAUCUUGAAACGAGCGACGGCAAACGUAAAAGCACUAAGGCAAAUCGGAAUGACAUGUCUCCAGGCAAUUAUUCGGACGACCUAAAAACUGUGGGCGGUGGCUGGUCUCCGACGGAAAGCUCUGAAAACAAAGCAGCUACCCCAUCCACUAAAGAAGUUGCUGGUCAUUUCAAACCAAAGUUAGAAGAGGGAAAGGUUUCGUGCAGCGGUCGUGCAACGGACCAGUCUGGCUAUACGAGCGAUGAAAGCAGCAAUGUAUCAACGCGUGCAACUGGCAGCGCCAGUUCUCUCGGCAGUGGCAAUCUUGCGCUGCUCGCAGGUUCAUUAUCGGAUGACGAAGUUCCUCCUCAAAAUGUGGAGUCAAGCUGCGGUGGUGCUGACGACGUGCGACCAUGA